AUGAGCGCGAUCAACGUGACGUCGGUGCAGGUGCUGGAUAAUCCGCAGAUGUUCUCGUCGCCGUUGCAGUUUGAGAUACAGUACGAGUGCUUGCAGGAUCUGAGACACGAUCUCGAGUGGAAGUUGACCUACGUCGGGAGCGCGGAGGACGACGAGUACGAUCAGGUUUUGGAUACGGUGCUCGUGGGACCCGUCGUGCGCGGGGCGUACAAGUUCGUGUUCCAGGCGAAUCCGCCCGACGUGAGCAAGAUCCCGGCGGAGGAUAUCUUGGGUGUAACCGUUCUCUUGGUGACGUGCUCGUACAACAACGAGGAGUUCAUUCGCGUCGGGUACUACGUGAACAACGAGUACGCGGACGAAGAGUUGCGGGAAGACCCGCCUUCACAGCCGAGACUGGAUCGGGUCAUGCGCAACAUUCUGGCGGACAAACCGCGAGUCACGCGCUUCCCGUGCGAUUUCGACGCGCAGGCUAUUCCGGGGAUGGAGAACGUGGCGUCCGAGGACGCCAUGAUGGGCGACGAAAACCAAGAGGUCCAGCAAGGCGGAAUGGGCGUUGACUUCUCAAAGGACCAAGCGGGCUUCUUCCAACAGCAGCAGGCUCCGGGACAGACGCAGGGCCUGUGGUGA